AGCAAAAAUUUUCCGUUUUUUCGCUUUAACGCUUUAAGUUUGUUUUUUUUACGAUUUUUCUUUCCUUGCGUUCUGUUUAAUUUUUACGAUUUCGAUAUUUAUUAUUAAUUUUGGAUUAUUUUCCGGUUUUUUUCUUUUGAAAUUUAAUAAUUGAAUUUUCAAUAUUUAAUAAAAAAAAUUAUUUGUUUAAAAUUUGUUUUAAAAAAACUACGAUGCCCAUGGCGCUAACUAUUUAAAUUCCCCCCCAAACGUUUUAAAAUAUUAUGGAUUUAGCCGAUCAAGUCGAUGAUUAUAUUUGUACAUUUGAAGGUCUCGGUGAUAUAACAAUGGAUUCAUUAGCAAUGUUUAUAUUUAUAUGGGCCGUAUUGGCUCUCUUCUUAGUAUGGCUGUGUAAAUUUUUAUACCAAAAAUAUGUGCUGAAAGAUAAACCCGCCAGUGCCACCAACAGUCGACAGAGUAGUGUUGCACCCGGCGCCGGUGGUAUUAAAACCGAAAAACGUCUCUCGGAACCCCGAGAAAUACUGGCAAGUAAAAGUGAAAUCAAAGAUUUACUCACCAAACCGGCGGCAGGUGGCAGUGGACGUGGUAGGACACCGGUAGGUGGUGUGGCUGCGGGAGGACCGGGAGUGCGUAGGCGCAUGGUGAGACAGGGUUCGACAGGACCGGAAAAUCGUAAAAAGCGUUAUGUGCCACCGCCCUCAAAUGUUGUUGGACCAGAAACGACUUCCGUCACUUGGACUAGCCAAGUUUUUCGUUGGCUUUAUAGUGAUUUGGUGAUUGUUAACGAAUUAUUAAUGUCUUGGGUUAUCGCACUUAACGAUACUUUGCAUAAAAACGAAGAAGAGGGACUCUCUGUUGAAGUUGUACGUGUAUUGCCCGACAGUCCGCCACCCGGUUUAAGCAACAUUUUCUGUAAUGCCGAUGAAGCAAAUCCAGCUGAUAUGCUUAUUACCUUCGAUUGUGAUGCCAUGCCGGUAUUGCAAGUCAAAACCUUCCGCCAGAGAUCGGGAAAAGUUGAGACCUCUCAUUACAAGGUGACCGUAUCGAGAUUCCGAGCACGCAUUGCAAAUGCCAUGAACUACAAUACAUUAAAGGGUGAUAUGCGGGUUGAAGGUUUUCCAGAUAUACGCAUUGCCAUGAAUAGUGUGGGUGCUAUUAAGCCCAUGGACCAGGACGAACAACAAUGUCAGGCUCAAGUUUCCGAAAUUUUAAGUAGAGCCCUGCGUGAUACCAUUUAUCCAGUGGAUUUCUCCAUCUAUACUACAUGCCCUCGUGCCGAUAUUGACCCCAUGGAUUUGCCUGUAAUUUACCCCAUUCCAUAUGAUACUAUGGCGAAUCAAAUGGACUUAAGCAUGCAGCAGGGAGGCGGUUUACAGCCCAUGAUCUCGGGCCGUCGCUUGUUGGUGAAAAUUGUUAAAGGUGAAGCUCUCAAAGAUGCCAAAGAUCCCUUUGUGGUUGUGGAAAUGGAUGAGCCAGCCCAAAAGAAUCAAACCGGAGCCAGACAGGGCAAUAAUCCCUAUUGGGAUGAACAUUUCUUAUUCGACUUGGCACCCCAAUCUGCUGAAAUCCUCUUCGAAGUCUAUGAUCGUCCCGCCGAUCAUUCAGAUGCUCCCAGGUUUUUGGGCCUAGGUUUGGUAGGCAUCGAUGAAUUGGCUGUGGGUCCUGCCUCGACUCAAGUCCUUGCAUUGCAACCCCGUCCCUAUGAAACACAACCGGUCUCUGGUUCCAUAACUGUAGAUUUUGUGUUCAUUGAGGGCGCCGAAAUACCUGCCGGUCCUAGACCGUAUAAACUUAAGGAAGCUCUGCAUAUAAGUACACCGGCCAUUAAUGAACACAUGAAGAAUGGUUCUAAUUUGGCUGAUGCUGCCGUACGUGCCUUACAGGAGGGUGCCUUGAACACAAAUGGCCAGCCCAGUAAGAGUACACUGAUUAUACACAGUGUUCAGAGGAAUUCAACAAAUCCAAAUGCAUUUAAGGUUGAAGUAAAUAAAGAUGGUCAAAUCGAAGUUAAAGAAUCUCAAGAUGUUUUAAAUGCCGCCGCAACAAAAGCUUUAGAAAGCCCUGAAUUAGCGCACACACCAGAAGCUAUGGUUAUAGAGCUUAACAGUGAAGAUCUAGAGCAAAUAGUAGCGGAUACAUCAGUGACUACAGAUAUAACAGCGAGUCCAACUGAUUCGUAUCCCCAAAACGAGUGCCUAAAUACCGAAACACCGUCCCUAGACAACACAGGUAACGAUAGUGCUUUGGGAGAAUCCGCCUCCGAGUUUGGUCAACCGAAUGCUGCCUCCUCACCCAAUGGUCACAAUAAUUAUAAUGCCAAUGGUGCCUCUGCCGGCUAUUCCAAUGGCCAUAAUAAUGCCUCCUCUUAUUCAAAUAAUGCCUUCUCCAAGAAUGGUAGCUUACCUCGCAACGGCAUGUCGUCGCCCGACAACAAUUUCAAUUUACAUGAAGCCGAGGACCUGUCGGCAGCUGGUUUCGAUGAUCGUGGCCGCAGUAAAAAACGUAAUUUCUUUGGUACACUGAAAAAGCGUUUAAGCCGCUCCAAGACACGCACCCAUUCAGCUGAUCGUGGCGCUUUAACGUCACAACAAAAUAAUAAUCUUACAACCCCUACAGGAACACUUAACGGUGAUUCACGUUCAUUAUCUGUCGAUCGUGCUGUUUUGUCUAAAAGCAAUUCACUUGGACCUCGCAUGGGCAUUUCACCCCCAUUAGAUCACUCAAGACGCUCUUCAAUUUCAGAGUCCUCAGCAAUCUCAGGUUUUUCCUCAGCCAGCACAAAAACUUAUGUGCAUGAAGCAUCAACAUUGGUGCUGGAAACUAUCGAAAAUGGUAUUAAGAGACACUUUAUUGUUCCUCUGAAUAUUGCACAACGUCCCAGAUGGCGUCGUAAAGGCACAAAAUUACACAUUUACAAUGAUCAUACCUUUAUUGCCAAGCAUUUAAGCGGAAGCGGCUUGCAAUGUUCUAUAUGUAUGAAAUCAAUACCCCGACGACCUGGUAAACAGGGUUAUGAGUGUCGUGACUGUCAUUUAAUUUGUCACAAACAAUGUCAUGUCCGUGCACCACAAGCAUGUCCCAAUCCAACUGUACUCUCUAUGGAAUUAACAAAACUUAAUUCAGCAGCAGCAGAUAGAAGCAUUAGAAAAUUAUGAACAAAUUAAAAUAAAGAAAUUAUUUAAAAAUAAUUAAUAAAGAUAAUUUUAACAUAACUAACGAAUAACAAACAAACGUUCUCUCUAUAACUUUUAUUUUUUAAAGUAAAUAAAAGCAACAAAUUUUUCAAUAAAAAAAAACUAAGAAAAUUCUAAAAAAAAACAAUAAUGAAUAAAAAAUUUAAUAAAAAAAACUAAAAAAUAGAAUAAAAUAAUUUAAACAAAAGCCUGGAUAUAUGAUGCCUCAUUUCUUUACUAAAACACAGCAGCAUGGAGAAAAACCUCAAAGCAAAAGCCAUUGGAACACUUGGAACACAAACUAAACUUACUUAAGUGUUGGAUUUUUCAAGGCUACCACACAGUUUUAGAAUAAAAUGGCAUCAUAUUUAACAAAAUAAUCGCACAUGGAACCAAUAUAAAUAAAAGAAAUUAAUUCAUAAUUUUCUUAACGAAUUUUAAAAGUUAUAAUUAGAAUUAUAAAGUAUAAAGUAUAAAUUCAAUUAAACUAAACUAUAAAUAUUUAUGUUUAAAUGUUGUCUUUGUGAAUCCUUGUAAUACAAUUAAUUCAUAAUUUUUGUUAUUAAACUAUUAAUAAUAAUUUUUCUCUAUCUUCCUUAAUAUUAAACAAUAUACAUAUAAAAGUGGCAAUAUUUUUUUUUAAAUUUUAUUUUAAUUAUAUUUUUUUAUAAUGUUUUUUGUCUUGUAAUUUUGUGAUUUUUUUUUUAUUUCGUAUGUAAAAAAUUUAAAAUAUUUUGUAAUCUCAUUUUAUGUUAAUUUUUCUUUCUUGGUAAUAUGAUCAAAAACAGCUAAUUUUAGUAAUAACAAAUUUAUAUGGAAUUGUUGUUAAUUAACGAUGUAAUAACAUAGAACAAACAAAAAAUAAUAAUAAUUUGUUAUGUACUUGUUUUUUGCUAAGAAUGAAAACAAAAAUUAAGAAAAAGAAUCAAAAAAGUAAAUAAUAUUAAAUAAAAUGGUGGUUUACGAUAAACAACAACAAAA